UCCCUCUUUCCCCUUCCCCUCUCCCUGCAGCAGUGUCCACACUGCGCCGCCAGGCCAGCCCAGACCGCGGCGCACACGGGCACCGGCGCCGAGUGCCGCCGCCAGCCGCCCCUCUCGGGACCCCCUAUACGCCGUCCAGCCGUCCAGGGUCGCACCCGCGCUCCCCCAACGGAACCCGCCAGCAGCAAUUAGCCAGCAACCUGGGGUCGGCCCCCAGACGCACCCCCUGGCCCAGGACGAGGAUGAACAGGGCAGGCGAGGCACAGAGUCGCAACUCAACUUUUUAGAAACAUUAUUUGCGUGUGUAUGUGUGUAGCAGGGGAGAAUGAGCUGAUGCCGAGGGUCCAGCCACCCCGCCUCUGCCUCCUCCUCCCUCUGUCGCCGCUGCCCUCGCAGACGCGCGCGCACACACGGCACUUGGGCCGGGUUUCCGUGCUCCGUCCCCCGGCUUGGAUGGGGGUUUUCAUUUCCGAAGGAGGCAGAGCCUGCGGAGCUCGCUGAAGGGCUGGAGCCCCAAGUUACUCCUCACCAGCGCUGGCCACCCGCUGUCACUCGCACUGGCUGGCUGGGGGAAGGGACCGGCACACCGGGCUUUGUUGUGGAAAUCCCGGUUACCUGGGGCUCUUGGCUUUGGGCCUCAGUGCAAGUCCAUUGGAAAAGGCAGCUGCAACAAUCUAGUGGUCACCAGCAGUCCCAUGAUGGUUCAGCGACUGGGACCCAUUUCACCUCCAGCAAGCCAGGUCUCUACAGCAUGCAACCAGAUCAGUCCUAGCUUACAGAGGGCAAUGAAUGCAGCCAACCUGAAUAUACCUCCUUCAGAUACCAGGUCCCUUAUUUCGCGUGAGUCUUUGGCGUCCACGACUUUGAGUCUGACGGAAAGUCAGUCGGCCUCGAGCGUGAAGCAGGAGUGGUCUCACGGCUACAGGGCCUUCCCUUCGCUUUCCUCCAACCACGGCUCUCAAAAUGGCAUUGAUCUAGGGGACCUCCUUAGCCUUCCUCCCGGGACCUCCAUGUCCAGCAAUAGUGUCUCUAACUCCUUGCCAUCUUACCUUUUUGGCAUGGAAAAUAGCCACUCUCCUUAUCCUAGUCCUCGGCACUCGUCCACCAGGUCCCACUCGGCUCGCUCUAAGAAGAGAGCACUGUCCUUGUCCCCGCUGUCUGAUGGCAUCGGGAUAGAUUUCAAUACCAUCAUCCGCACGUCUCCCACGUCCUUGGUGGCCUACAUAAACGGGUCGAGGGCUUCCCCGGCCAACAUGUCCCCACAGCCAGAGGUCUACGGGCAUUUCCUGGGCGUGCGUGGUAGCUGCAUUCCCCAGCCGUGCCCGGUGCCCAGCAGCCAGAAGGGCGUGCUGGUGGCCCCUGGCGGCCUGGCGCUGCCUGCCUACAGCGAUGACGGGGCCCUGGAGUAUGAGCGCAUGCAGCAGCUGGAGCAUGGCGGCCUCCAGCCAGGCCUGGUCAACAACAUGGUGGUGCAGCACGGCCUGCCUGGCCCCAACAGCCAGCCAGCCGGCCUGCUCAAGACCGAGCGCCUGGAGGAGUUCCCAGGCAGCGCCCUGGACCUGCCCCCUGCGCCCCCUCUCCCUCCUCUGCCGCCGCCCCAAGGUCCCCCACCCCCUUACCACGCCCACCCGCACCUUCACCAUCCGGAGCUGGGGCCCCACGCCCAGCCUUUGUCCUUGCCCCGGGCCACCCUGGACGAUGACGGGGAGAUGGAUGACGUGGGGGGCAAACACUGCUGCCGCUGGAUCGACUGCAGCGCCCUGUACGACCAGCAGGAGGAGCUCGUGCGGCACAUCGAGAAGGUCCACAUUGACCAGCGCAAAGGGGAGGACUUCACUUGCUUCUGGGCUGGUUGCCCUAGACGAUACAAGCCCUUCAACGCCCGCUAUAAGCUGCUGAUCCACAUGAGAGUCCACUCCGGGGAGAAGCCCAACAAGUGUACGUUUGAAGGUUGCAAGAAGGCCUUUUCAAGGCUUGAAAAUCUCAAGAUCCACUUGCGGAGCCACACAGGCGAGAAGCCCUAUUUGUGCCAGCAUCCGGGUUGUCAGAAGGCCUUCAGUAACUCCAGCGACCGCGCCAAACACCAGCGGACGCAUCUGGACACUAAACCUUAUGCUUGUCAAAUUCCAGGAUGUACCAAACGCUACACAGACCCAAGUUCCCUAAGAAAGCAUGUGAAGGCACAUUCUUCCAAAGAUCAUCAAGCAAGAAAAAAGUUGCGGUCCAGCACAGAGCUCCAUCCAGACCUGCUCACGGAUUGCCUAACUGUGCAGCCCCUACAGCCAGCCACUUCCCCUAGAGAUGCUGCUGCUGAGGGGACUGUGGGACACUCCCCGGGACCUGGGCCUGACCUGUAUUCAGCUCCCAUUUUCUCCAGCAACUAUUCAAGCCGAAGUGGAACAGCUGCUGGGGCCGUGCCACCCCCACAUCCUGUCAGUCACCCUUCUCCGGGACAUAAUGUACAGGGGAGCCCCCACAACCCCUCCUCCCAGUUACCUCCUCUCACAGCUGUGGACGCGGGAGCUGAGAGGUUUGCACCUUCUGUUCCAUCUCCUCACCACAUCAGCCCCCGGAGAGUUCCAGCUCCUCCUUCAAUACUGCAAAGAACACAGCCUCCCCAUACCCAGCAGCCAUCAGGUUCGCACCUGAAGUCCUAUCAGCCAGAAACAAACUCUUCUUUUCAACCAAAUGGUAUCCAUGUCCAUGGAUUUUAUGGGCAGCUGCAGACGUUCUGCCCCCCACAUUACCCCGAUUCCCAGAGAACUGUGCCACCUGUCAGCUCCUGCAGUGUGGUGCCUUCCUUUGAGGACUGCCUGGUCCCUACAUCCGUGGGCCAGACCGGUUUCGAUGUUUUCCACAGAGCCUUCUCGACUCACUCGGGCAUUACAGUGUAUGAUUUACCUUCGAGUUCCUCAAGCCUCUUUGGGGAGACUCUCCGCAGUGGGGCUGAAGAUGCCACCUUCUUGCAGAUCAGUGCUGUGGACCGCUGUCCCAGCCAGCUCUCCUCUGUCUACACCGAAGGCUAAUAGCUCUCUUGGCCACUCCUGCACACCCAGGACCCUGAUGUUGCUUGCUACCUUUUGUUUUCAUACUCUCAGAGACUGCAUGAGAAAGGAUGUGAGCCCGAUCUGUGGGACCUGCAGAGUCACUGAUGUGUCUUUUUUUGGAAGGCAGGACUGAAUGACAGACCUAGCUUUGCAGGAAUCAUUGCAGUUGUUCCUUUUUAUCUCUGGGUUUGCUGGACUAGGUGACAGGCAGGAUUGUCUUUUCAAAGGGAAUUUAGAGCCUCACUCUAUUGGAUACAUGUUACUUCCUGGCUGUCAACCCUUAAAGGACACUAAUGAAAUUAUGUGCAUGUGAAAAUGUAGUUUGGGGAUGACCCUGUCUGAAAACUCCAAAUAGGAAAAAAGAACCCAAUUACCAGUGACCUGCCUCACCUAAUCUUCACCCUCACUGCUUCUGAUAUAAAGCCAGGAACAACAAGGGAAAUCCAUGUCCAAAGCGCAGAGUGGUCUCAACUCCUAGAAACUCCCUGCGUUUCCUUUUCCUCUUAGCUGCAUGCUAACCAGUUCCUUCUCAGUGUUUCUUUAAUAGCAAAAUAAGGUUUUAUAUGCCAGCAGCCUAUCUUUGUUUUUGCAUUUUAAAGACUUGUUAUUUAUACCUGCUCUAAAAGGAAAAAAUAUGUAAAGGUCUCUUCUUUGGAUGGAAAUCAUUAUUGUUGUAAUCACCCCAGCUAUAGACAUUUUGCACAGCUGUGGUUCUGCCCCCCCCCACCCCUGGCUUGUUAUUUUGCAGUUAGCAAAGGCUACCUGAGGGAAAUGGAGUGGGCAUCUCCUGCACCACCAGUGCUGUAGCAGGAACCUUCCUGGUUUGACUGUUUAGUGACUCCACCUCAAAGACUUUCUUCCAAUAAAAACGUUGUUUGACUGGUUUACCCAUUGCCUCCACUCUGGUGCUGUGCCCAGAGAAGUGCCAGAUGUGAGAACUGGACAGACUGAGUCCUGUACCGGGUUCCCAUAGAAUACCAAACUAGUGAUGCUUGACUUCCAGUGCACAGAUUUUACUAACAUUUUUCAGGAUAUCCACUCAUCUGUCUGUCUUGUUCCUAUACUUCUCUCCCCCAUCUUUUUGCAUCCCUCUUACCCUCUUCCUGACUGUGGUUCAGCUAUGCCCACCACAGCUCUUGCCUGAUCAUCUUGGGAAGGUAGAGGUGACAGUUCUUAAAGUCUGCAGAAAGAGGCAAUUCCUUUUCUGAGUUCUAGGAUUGAAGGCCUGGAAUUUUCACAGAGCACUUGGUUGAAAAUAUCAAGCCUAAAUAGGAAGUCAUUUUCUGUGACGUCUUUACAUAGCUAUUACAGAUCCCGAGUCCUAGGGCAUCAGCUAUAAAAACUGGCCAAUCACAAAGACACAGUAAGUUCUGACAUUCUGGUACUAUCAUAUUUCAAGUAUUUUUUCUCACUUUUUAAAAUGUUUUUCUGAGCAAAAGUGAAACAAUGCCAUUUGUCAAACAGAUCACUUACAAUCUUCAACAAGACAACUAAAACAGCUUGGUGUUAGAUGGGAUUCUGUGACAGUUUGUAUACUAAGAGGUCCUUCCCGUCUGGCUCUACGAUCCCACAAUUGGAAGUAUUCUUCCUGAUUUCCUGAUUCCAGAGUUCAUUCCAACGUGUAGUAGAAUGAGGUGAAUGAAGAACCAAGUGUGGUUUCCGUUUUCCCAGUGCACUUGGUCAGUCUAGUUCCUCACAGUAGUGGGCGGUGUUCUAAGAAAAGCUUUCAUAUAGACAUCUAAGUCUGCGAAAGAGAUAAGUUCGCCUCUUUACAAAAACCUGCUCUGCUUUACAAAAGGACACACAUCAGGCUUCCUUUACAAGUGAACUCCAAGGCUGCAUGUAAAGUACCACCCUUCUUGGAGAUUUCAUGGGUCAUGUCACUUGGCCUAAGCAAGUGACCUAGCAUAUGCACACUCACAGUUGGUAGCAUCCCUCAUGUGUCCUUUGUCACACUCUGGAAAGAAAGAAAAACUCUGCUAUCUUCAGAGAGAUCAUCUAUUCAUACUUAGAUAUGGAAGCCUUUACAAGGAACUCAAAAUACAUUUCAUUUGUACAAUGAGAAAAAAGAUGAAGGCAAGGUUGUGAUUGCAGUUAACAUUGUCAGCCCUGCCUUUUGGCUUUAUGUAAUUUAAAGUAAAAGGGGGACGGAGGACAAAACAGAAGCUCAACUUUAGAAACCAUGGACAUCACCUGGGAGGAGCUGCUUAACCAGGCUCCUGUCUUCUGUGGCCUCUCACAGUAACCCUGCCCCUUUCUUACUUCACCUGGGCUGGAGGGACUCUAAAGAGAACCUGGGCAGUAGAGGCACCUGCAGCCCUCCUUCCUCAGCGGGAACUCAAUGUGGAGUCCCCGAGGGACAUUUGCCUCUCAGAGCACACAGGCAGCAGGACCCAGUGCAGCCCUGCUUCCUGACCAUGGGCCUUUCCUGAUAGCUGCAGGCGUGAGAUUGUGGCCUCAGGAUAGGACACAUUUAGAUGCCUUCCAGACUACACACACUAUGCUUAGAUUCUCUCCUGACCUUAAAAUGUGUCCCUUGCUUACUUUCACGCUGCUGAAGAUUUAUAUAUAUUUUCGUCAUUAUUUUUGCAGCAGUACAAGUGGAAACUUCAAGAAAUCAUUCCCUUUCAUGUCCCAGUCUUUUUAAGUCUUGAUAUGUAACCAUUUUCAUAAACAUACAGAGAUUGUCAUUCUCCUUUAAAAAAACAAAAAACUAGUGCUUGUGAAAACACAGUGCAAAGACAAUUAUCCUAUUGCAUUAAAAAAAAUCGGCCUGCCUGGAAACAUUUCAUUUGCUGUGUUGUCUUAAUUCCCUAAAGAGACUGCAUCAAAAUGAUCAAAAUGCCAGUUUGUAAUUUAGCCUCUGAUCAGCUGUUAAAUAUUAUUUAAAUAUUUACUGGUCCUGUGGGGUAUCUCCUAUUUCCCAUGUCUCCCUCCAAUUACAUAAGCAAUAAUAAAAAAUAAGGUCUUUAGUAGAUCACAGCAGAGUUACCACUGAUAACAGUGUUGGUUCUGUUCAGUUGUUUUUGAAUUAUCAGCUGUCAAGUACAGCAGCACCCUAAAACCAGUUUUGAACAAGGAUAAAUUCAACCCCCUCAUUUGAGAACCCUGACUUUCCAAUUGCCUUGAAGUAUUGGGAAUAGUGACUGUACAUGUUCAGUUGAAUUAUCUGGUAUUUUGACUAUUUUGGCCAUGCCAUUUUAUAGAAGCAUUUUUAAAUAGCACUUUUUGUUAGUGGUGUGGAAUUUCUGCAGUUUUUUUUUUUUUUUUCAACAGAUAAAGCAAAAAAAGCACUCAUUGGCAAAAUAGUGAGUGUAAAAAAGAAGAGAUUUACUUUAUGCAGGAUGCUUUGCUGUCUGUACAAUGUUGCUGACAUAAAGCACUUUGGGGGGGGAGUGGAAAUCUGUUUUCCAUAAAUCACACAGACUCUUGUACAUAGUUAUAUACACUCACGUAGAGAAAUGAACUGCAUAUAUCAUACUGGAUAUGGGGCCGAUUUUACUCUAGAGGCACAUCUGGUGCUUAUUGUCAUAAAUCUUUUAAAGAAUUAGGUACACUUUUUUCUAUUAAUAUGUAUAGUUUUGUGAUUUGUCACAGUUAUGUUUCAUAUAAUCAUAAGUUAUUUUGUCUUGUUCAUGAAGUCCUUUUUUUAUGUAAAAAGUAAAAUGAAGGGAUUGUGCACUUGGUACAGAAUAAAACUGGAAAUAGAGGAGACGCCCUCCUGCCUAAAAUCCUCCUCCAGCCUGUUGCUUGAAAACACGAUGGCAACCAUCAUUGUUUGUUUGUUUGUUUUAUUAUUUUGUUUUGUUUUACCAUCAGCCUCCUACAUACUGGGAAUGGUAAUUAUAAUUAAAAGCAGAUGUGGGGGAGGGAAUGUUCAAGUCCAGCUUUAAAAUGCCGCAUUGCUUUGGGCCAGAGCUGCAGCCUGGAUUUAAUUAUAGAUAUGAGGACGAAAUGGCAGUAAAAAUGAAUGUCUCCCUGAAUCCUUUACAUGUUGGGAGUGUCCAUAAAUAAAACAUGAAGUUUUAUUUCAUCAGAUUUAAUUAAAGCUUUUAUACAUGUUUUA